AUGGAUGGGCCACUCCGCGAUGAGGCUGCUCAAGAUCGAGUGCGAGCCGCAGUCGAAUUUCUCGAUCCUGGUGAUGCUCGCGCGCGAAGCUACCGUGCCGAUGUUGUGUUAAUGCUCAACCGGGGGCUGCGCCGCUUGAUAGUUAGCAUCGAUGAGAUUAGAGCUCACAACCGCGAACUGGCAGAUGGCCUCCUCACGUCGCCUUUUGAUUAUUCGCAAGCAUUCGACAAGGCUCUCAAAGAAGUUAUCAAGACGUUACCCAACCGACCGUCCAAGGAAACGGGCGAUGAUGUGAAUUACUAUUGUGCUUAUGUUGGUGCUUUUGGAGAGUUCUCGUGUAACCCUAGGACCCUGGGGUCAUCGCAUUUGAACAGAAUGAUCUCUCUGGAGGGCAUUGUAACGAAAUGCUCUUUGGUGCGUCCGAAAGUCAUACAGAGUGUGCAUUACAGCGAACGCAAAGAUCGUUUCUUCGCCAGGCGGUACAGAGAUCAAACUAUGACAACCACCGGUAUCACAAACAUGAAUGUUUAUCCCCAGGAGGAUGAUGAAAAGAAUCCGCUUAUCACAGAGUACGGUUAUUCUACAUAUCUGGACCACCAGACGAUCUCGAUUCAGGAGAUGCCCGAAAGAGCGCCAGCUGGUCAACUCCCUCGAAGUGUGGACGUGAUCCUGGACGAUGAUUUGGUGGACCGUGCGAAACCUGGAGACAGAAUCCAGCUGGUGGGAAUCUAUCGUUCCUUGGGUAACCGAAAUACCAGCUCUGGCUCCUCGACUUUCCGCACAAUCGUCAUGGCCAACAAUAUCAUUCAAUUGUCUUCGAAGUCGGGCGGAGGAAUUGCGCAGGCUACUAUUACGGAUACUGAUAUUCGGAACAUCAACAAGGUCUCAAAGAAGAAGAAUGUGUUCGAGCUGCUCUCCAAUUCUCUUGCACCAAGCAUUUACGGGCACGAUUAUAUUAAGAAGGCGAUCUUACUCAUGCUUCUUGGUGGUAUGGAAAAGAAUCUUGAUAACGGCACACACCUGCGUGGUGAUAUCAACAUCCUCAUGGUUGGUGACCCAUCGACUGCCAAAUCCCAACUUCUUCGGUUCGUUCUGAAUACCGCGCCUCUCGCGAUUGCGACUACUGGCCGAGGCUCUUCAGGUGUCGGUCUCACAGCUGCCGUUACUUCCGAUAAGGAGACCGGAGAGCGCCGAUUGGAAGCUGGUGCCAUGGUUCUAGGUGACCGCGGUGUUGUCUGUAUUGAUGAAUUUGACAAGAUGAGCGAUGUGGACCGUGUGGCUAUUCACGAAGUUAUGGAACAGCAAACAGUCACCAUCGCCAAAGCUGGUAUCCACACAAGUUUGAACGCUCGUUGCAGUGUCCUCGCAGCUGCCAAUCCCAUCUACGGACAGUACGACCCCCAUAAGGAUCCCCACAAGAACAUUGCCCUUCCCGAUUCACUUCUGUCGCGUUUCGAUUUGCUCUUUGUCGUGACGGACGAUAUCGAGGAUGCCAGGGACCGAAUGGUGUCAGAACACGUCCUGCGCAUGCACCGCUAUCGCCAACCUGGGACUGAGGAAGGCGCGCCAGUCCGGGAAGAGCUUAAUCAGAGCCUGGGUGUCGGGCUUGAGGAUAGCCAGGACUCCAAUCAGCCGACAGAGGUGUUUGAGAAAUUUAAUGUCAUGCUCCACGCCGGAAUGGCCAAUUCGAGUCGGAAGGGAAAGAGCAUUGAGAUCUUGAGCAUUCCAUUCAUCAAAAAAUAUAUCCAGUACUCGAAAUCGAGAGUCAAGCCGGUUCUCACGAAAGGCGCUGCCGACCAUAUUGUUGCGACUUACUCAGCCCUGAGAAACGAUGAGCUUUCACGUAACCAGCGCCGGACGUCGCCUAUCACUGCUCGUACGCUCGAGACAUUGAUUCGUCUGUCCACUGCGCAUGCAAAAGCUCGUUUGUCUAACCGGGUUGAGGAGCGGGAUGCUAAGGUUGCCGAGUCUAUUCUGCGCUUCGCCAUGUUUAAGGAAGUCCUGGAGGAUGAGCGCCGCAAGAGAAGAAAGGUAACGACGUUCGAUGAAGACUCUGAGUCGAGCGAGUCCGACUCCGACGAUGACAACACGCCUGCCAACCAGUCAACCGCCACCCCUCGGUCGGGCCCCCGUGGUGGAACCUUGAGAACACGAUCGACAGCUACUCGCUCGACCACAAACGGCGAUGAGAUGGAUGCAGAAGGAGACGAUGUCUCCGAGGAUGGCGACGGGCUGUACUCGACCAGCCCACGUGGCCAGCGACUGCGAUCUAGCCAGACUACACGGACGCAAACACAGACACAGAGUCAAUCGCGGAUGUCCGUGGCUUCUUCUCAACCAGCCUCGCAACUCGUCCAAUCUCAGACAGACGAUUCACAGUCACAGACGGCUACCAGAUCUACCGCUCCAUCCCAGCCCAUCCAGGCUGCGCGGUUGACAAUGUUCCGCCAGGCUCUGGGACCUCUCAUGGGUACGCGGUUGUUUGUAAGCGGCGAUACCGCGGAUGUGGAAGAGCUCAUCGGAGCCGUCAAUACCGCUGUGCGGACGUCUCUCGGUGCUGGUCAUGUCUUCCAGCGCGCCGAAGCAAUCGAGGCUCUGAAGGCCAUGAAUGAACGAAACGAGUUAAUGUUCCUGGAAGACGACGAGACUGUUUACCGUAUUUAA